AUGGAAGGUUCACAGCCAAAGGUUCUGCUGUUCGACAUUGGCGGUGUUUGUGUCAAAUCACCCUUCCAAAUCAUCCUAGACUAUGAACUCUCCCUAGGAAUCCCGCCCGGCUGGAUAAACUACUCCAUCUCCAAGUCCGGUCCCACAGGCUUCUGGCAGCGCAUCGAACGAGGCGAGAUCCCCAUGGACGACGCCUUCUUCGAGGGCUUCACGCGAGACCUCCACGUGCAGCAGCUCUGGGAGGACUUUUACACGGCGCAGCAGGCAAAGGACCCGCGCCUGGCCAGGGACAAGAUUCCUCCGCUUCCGCGCAUCGACGGCAAGUGGCUCUUCAACGAGAUGAUGGCCGGCGCGGACGCGCCCGACCCCUGGAUGUAUCCGGCCCUGCAGAAGCUCCGGGCCAGCGGCAGGUAUAUCCUGGCCGCGCUGAGCAACACGGUCAUCUUCCCGCGGGGCCACAAGCUGCACAGGGACGACUUCUUCGACGAGCCCGUUCGGCAGAUCUUUGAUCUCUUCAUAUCGUCGGCGCACGUUGGCAUACGCAAGCCCGAUCCCGAAAUCUACCGGCUCGCUCUGGAGAAGCUCAACGCUUUUGCCAAGGAGAAUGCGCAUGAUCCACGGCAUCGGGGCAAAGGCUGGGAGAAGGGCAUCGCGCCAAAGGACAUUGUUUUCCUGGACGACAUUGGCGAGAACCUCAAGGAGGCGCGCAGACAGGGAUUCAACACGAUCAAGGUGCAUCUGGGGAGGACGUACGAGGCGGUUGAGGAGCUGGAGAAGAUUACGGGGCUGUCGCUCGAGGGCCCGCAUCCAAAGAUACCCAUCAAACCGAAUUAUGGAAAGCCGCGGGCCAAAAUAUGA